AUGGCUUCCUCCAGCGAGAUGCCUGAAGCAAGACCAAGGCACCGCAGACCAAAGCAACAGGCCAAUCCUUUGAAGAAAGGGAUUCUGCUAUUCCUCGCGGCCAAGAGAGUCACUGUACAGGAUCAUGUAUCGCCUCAGGAGGACGAACAGCCGACAUUGAGGAUCGCUGAUCUCCCGAAGCGGUUUACCAUCUAUCCCCCACUAUUGCUGUUGCCGUAUAACUUCAGGACGCAUUCUCCACCAUGGCAGGUAUUCUACGAGGCUUUGUCUGAAGAAGAAAAGGCGGUGUUGUUGAGACAUGUCGUCGAGGGUGGGUUUGAAGGUAUGGGAAUCAGCCGGGUUGCUAUCAACGCUCCGAUUGCAGCGGAUGAGAUCGGCGAUGCACAAGCACAGGCUGAAGCGAGUUGCGGAGGCACGGUGAAGACAGAGAAUGUGUUACGCAGCCCUUCCCACCUGCUUCCCAUCUUUGGCGACUGGGGUGCAGCCAAGACCACUGAGAGUGGUUCGAAGCCGGCGACAGAGGACUUUGAGCGAGCGUUUUGGGUCUCGGCCUCGCAGCAUAGAGGUAUCACGCAGUGCUGGGCGCCGAUCUACACCAUGUUCAGUCGUGGGAAUGUCUCGGAGAAGGCGAGAAUACUGGGCGUUGAUGCUGGUCUGGGACAAUCGAGGUCGUCUUUUCAAGGUCUUGCGCAAAGCGAGCUUGGAGAGGACGUCAACUGUGUUGAUGUGGUUGAUUUCUAUGUAGGCAUCGGAUACUUUGCAUUUUGCUACCUGCAACGUGACGUUCGGACCGUCUGGGGCUGGGACAUCAAUCCUUGGAGUAUUGAGGGUCUCAGGAGGGGAUGUGAGGCGAAUGGAUGGAGGUGUUUGGUCGUUCUGGUCGACAAUGAAGGGCGGCUGCAGGGAAUGACAGUUCGUGAACUGGCUGAAAUCUGGGUCGAGAGUACCACGAUAGGCGGAGGCGCAGAGAUCAGAUGUGUCGCAUUUCUAGGUGACAACAAGUGGUCAGUUCCGCUCAUGUUGGCCCUUCAUGAGGAGUUGAAAGCCCGGAGUCCUUCCCACCGCGGCUUGAAUGUUCGACAUGCGAACAUGGGGCUUCUUCCAAGCUCACGCGGAACUUGGGAGCACGCCACCGUCCUGAGCCUGAAGACUGAUGCGCGCGCCAAAGGGAGCUGGUUGCACGUCCAUGAGAACGUGGAUAUUAUUCAGAUUGAUGCAUGGAAAGUCAAGGUUGUCCAUGAGAUUGAGACGCUUACUAAAUUAUCGGAUAGGGGGUCCAAGAACCGCAUAUCAUGUGUUGGUGUUCAUGAAGUGAAAACCUAUGCACCAGGGGUUAUGCAUUGUGUCUUCGAUAUCCAGAUCAAGCCGUACCAUUAA